AUUUGUCUCCUGAUGUAACAUUGGAUAAAAUAAAUCAAUCCAGUGUGAUAUGCUACGAUAAGGAUACCGUGAUGCUUCCAAUUUUACUUGCUAACUGCAACUACACUUACGCUGUUGAUAAGGGACUUACAAUGGAAUUCGAUUUUGAAGGCAUACAAGAUACCAUAAUAGAUCAAAUUCUGUUUGGAAAAGCAAAUAUUUUGCUUCAAGAUUGGCCAUACAUAGUUUACAGGGCAGAUGCAUCAUAUUCUACAAAAUUUUCAUCCUUGCAUGCAAAGAUUCCUCAGGAACCUAUUCCAAUAAAAGUACAAGCUCAGAUAAUUCGCGAUUUUCCGGAUUUACCAGAUAUUUACGACGCAAUUGAUAGGCUGGAAAUAAUUGUUGACUUUUUGCUUGCUGUAAAUGAGGACAAGGAGAAAGAUCUCUUACAGUUUAUGGAGAAGUCAAUAAAGAUGAAAACCUUUUCUAGCGCAACGGUUUUGCAGUUUUGCAAAUUGAAGCAUGUCAAGGCAUUGUGGUCCCUCCUCAUUCUGGAUAAAUCUAAACGGAUGCAUUCAAGUGGAAAGGAUGCUUUCGAUGGCUUGAGAGAUGGUUUGAAGAUAAAAAUUGAAGAUAGUUCCAGAAAAAAAUUUCAGCAAUUUUUGAGAAAAAUAUCCAAAGAAAAGUUGAACUUUUUGCUGCAGCACAUAAUGGAUUUUAUUCUGUUUUUUCUAAACAAAGAGGAUAUGGAUGAGAUGCAAUACAGUUUGAAAGAUGCGGUGAUUCAAUACAUACAAGGAAAUGAAUAUCAAGAUUUACCAGAGGACAUAAAUGACGAUCUCGAGGAGAUGUCAGAUGACAUUAUAAUCAAACAUGUGGUUGACGCAUGGAUAAUCAUCUUCGAUGACCUUCAAUCAAGAGAAAAAUAAGUUUCUCUCUAGGGGCAUCUUUCAACUAUAGCAAUGAUAUUCUUAUAAUAUCAACCUUAUUAUAUUUGCAUAUGCUGAAA